AAACAUACACAAUGCCUGCAGCUUCCAACUAUCUGCUUCUGUUUCUUCUUGCAGUAGUGGUUUUCACUACCACUGCCACUGUUGCUGAUCAACACGAUGAUCAUCAUAAACCACCAUUUCAUAAGCCUCCUACUCAUCCAUCGGACCACCACAAACCACCCAUCCACCACCCCCUAAUGGUGGAAGUCUCUCACAUUCAGAAGUCACCCCAACCCCCUAAACACAAACCUCCAACCACAUUAAGUAAGCAAGAGCCACUCCCCGAGCACAAGCCAUCAACCCCUCGUGAUCAACCUCCGAAGGGUAAGGUGGAGAAGCCACCGCCGGAACACAAGCCACCUCACGAGCACCGGUUGUUGGAGACAGAUGCAAAACCUUUUAACGGAGAAAAGUCACCACCGGAGCACAAAGGAAAUCCUGGCGAGAAACCUCACAAGGGUCAUGAGCACAAACCUCCUCAUGAAAAACACAUUGGACGUCGUUUGUUAGAGUCCUCCUCCACGGAGUUGGAUGGUAAGCCACCAAAGGGUCAGAAUUCACCACCAAAACACAAGCCACCUCAUGAACACCAAUUGUCGGAGGUGGAUGGAAAGCCCUCCAAGGGAAUGAAGCCACCACGAGAGCACAACGGACCUCAGAAGGGAGAGAAAGCACCACCAAAGCACAAACCACCUCAUGAACACCAAUUGUUAGAGCUAGAGGGGAAGCCCUCCAAGGGAGAGAAGCCACCACCAAAGCACAAGCCACCUCAUGAACACCAAUUGCUGGAGUUGGAUGGAAAACCUACUAAAGGAGAGAAACCACCACAAGAGCACAAUGAACAUAAGGCAGAUAAGCCACCACCAAAGCACAAGCCACCUCAUGAACACCAAUUGCUGGAGUUGGAUGGAAAACCUACCAAAGGAGAGAAGCCACCACCAGAGCACAAACCAGGACAUCCAAGUAAUGAGCCUCACAAGGGUGAUAAGACACCACCAAAGCACAAACCACCUCAUGAACAAAACACCGGACGCCGUUUGCUCGAGACGUCUGCUUCCACCGAGUUAGAUGGUAAGUCUGCUAAAGGAAAGAAACCACCCCCAAAACACAAUCCGCCAACCCCGCUUGAUAAAAAUGAAGAAUAUAAGCCAUUCCCAGAACACAAGUCACCGAAGGGUAAAGGAGAGCGCCUACCACAUCACGAUCGUCACCUUGCAGAGAAUGCGAAGGAGGAUGCACACAAGCCGCCUCGGAAAUUAAAACCUCCAACUACUCUUGCGAAAAAGCCUCCAACUUCCCCUCACAAACCUCCAUCUCCCUACUGAUCAUUAGAUCAUCAUUAGAUUACUACUUUCAUGAGAUAUAUGUAAAAUAAGAGCUGCUAUAACCCUACUUUCAUUGAAUAGGUCACUAUUCCAUGGGGUAAUACCAGACUCUGUUUGAUUUCAUCUUGUCCUACUAGAGAUCGAGUAGGUACUAUGAUGUUCUUAUGUAAAGCAUCCAGUGCACUCACUUUGAAUAAUACGAAUUCGCUAGCGCAUAUUUAUUUA